GGAGAGAGGUCGGGGUGAAGUGGCCUCUCUGUUGCCGCUGCAUUUGCGUGAGCCUGCGCUCGGAGAGCUGUAUAACUGUUUCAGCACUAAAAAGGGAGAAGGAAGAGCAUCUGCAGCCGGCUGUUAGGAAUUGUGGGAGCUGAAGUACAAAACACCUGGAGGGCCAAACUUUGCCCAUGCCUGGUAUAGAGACAUGCCUUAACCAAUUCAGAAUGGGAGGCCUCAUGGAAGUGCUGGAAAGAAGAGAAAGGCUUGUUCAGAUGAGGAGGACGCUGAACAGGAACCUAGGCUACGAGACACCCCUGUGGAUAUUUCCCUUGAAGCUGCUGCAAACACCAUUGCCUUUCACCCCAGUCGAGAUAUCAUCGCUGCUGGAGAUGUGGAUGGUGAUGUUUAUGUGUGAGCAUAGCUUCCUUGAAUGUAUUUGUAUUGACGGCACAAUUGCGUAUUCAUACUCCUGUUUCGAAGGUGGGAACAAGGAGCUUUGGUCUUCAGGACAUCACUUGAAAUCCUGUCGGGAAGUGUCCUUUUCCCAUGAUGGACACAAGCUCUACACGGCAUCCAAGGAUAAAUCCAUUCAUAUCCUGAAUGUUGAGGAGGGUCGUCUUGUCACACGCUUCUCCAAAGCACAUAACUCUGCUUUGAACAGUCUGUUGGUGAUAGAUGAAAACUUGUUUGCUACGGGAGAUGACAGUGGGGAGCUGAAGGUGUGGGACCUGCGUAAAGGCACCUCCAUCAUGGAAGCAAAGGAGCAUGAGGAAUACAUCAGUGGCAUGGCUGUGGAUGGAAACAAGAAACUGCUGCUCACCACCAGUGGAGAUGGGACCAUGGGAGUCUUCAACAUUAAGAGAAGGCGCUUUGAGCUACUUUCUGAGCCCCAGAAUGGUGAACUAACAGCCAUCUCUCUGAUGAAGAGGGGGAAGAAAGUGGCCUGUGGCUCUAGUGAAGGGACCAUUUACCUUUUCAAUUGGGACGGCUUUGGUGCAACCAGCGAUCGUUUUGCAUUGAAGGCGGAAUCGAUCGACUGCAUGGUUCCCGUAACAGAGAACAUUGUGUGCACAGGCUCCACGGACGGAGUCAUCAGGGCAGUAAACAUCUUGCCCAACCGGGUCAUAGGCAGCAUCGGUCAGCAUGUAGGGGAGCCUAUUGAGCAACUGGCCCAAUGUCACACGGGCCCAUUUCUUGCAAGCUGUGGCCAUGAUCAGAAGGUCAAGUUUUGGGACAUCUCUUCACUUCGUUCAGUGAUUGUUGACGACUACAGAAAGAAGAAGAAAAGCGGCCAGCUAAAAGCAUUGAGUAGCAAAGCGUUUGGUAGUGGGGAGGACUUCUUUGCGGAUUUGAGGGAGGUGCCUGCAGUCCAAGAAGAUGACAGUGUGGCCACUGAGAGUGACAGUGACUAAAUUAUAUAGAGUAUAUUUGUGAGUAUAUUCCCCUGAAGGAAUCUGGGCAGAAAUAGUCAUGGUUUCACAGACAUGCCUUUCUGUACUGUGAAUUCAGGAUAAUAUUUGAGGCUAUCUUUUGGCCUAAUGAAGAUUGCACUGGAUUGUAGAUCUGUCAAGGGUGAAGGUCAGGUCAGGUCUGCACACUCUGUGGCCCUCUAGGUGUUUUGGACUUCAGUUCCUAGAAUUCCUGAUCAUUGGACAAGCUGGCUAGGGUUUCUGGGAGCUAGAAUCCCAAACACCUGUAGGGUCACAGGUUGUGCAGAUAAUUGAAAAAAACUGGUUAUAUGAAGGGCACCUGUUGCAUGGAGUUAAGCAAUUUUUAGAUAUAUCUGGAAAAAAGUUUGCCUUUCUUGGAAAACAGAUCUGGUCAGACAUCCUAGAAUGAGCAUGCUGUGCAUCAUCAAACCUAUGUGCUCCCAUGUUCUCAUAACAAUUUUGAGGUAGAACGCUAAACAUAAUAUUCAAGAUACAAAAUUUAUCUAAUUGACUUCCUUAAACACUCUCAUUAUUUGCUAAGGGAAAUAUUGCUGAUACACUAUUACAGCUUAUGAAACCCACACAAGCAAGCAGUUUUCAGCUCAACCUAGAUCUCAUUCAUUGUGUAUUUUCUAAAUUGAGGUUUAUACCACCUGUAUUUCUUCAAUUGUAAGACAUCACUGAUUGUAAGACAGCCCUUUUUCAGUACUGCCACCACACACACACACACGUACAUAAGGUAUGCCUGCAGUUGUAAGGCAAACCCCAUUUUUAGAGAUGUUUAUCUAGGAAAAGUGCAUCUUCAGACUGAAGAGAUAUAGUACAUAGGAGCCAACAGCAGUGAAUAGGAAAGCUUCUGUUUUGAAGCUACAUAUCUUCACAAAAUACCAGUAAUUAUUCUAAACAAACUUGUUUAAAAUAAUUUUGAAUACAGGUAUCAUGCAGCUAACAUCAAACUGAUUAGUUGCUUCUACUUGCAUGAAACUAUUAAGAGAGCAUUUCUGCUUAGAAAAUUCUUAAGCCAAUACUCUUUGACUAAUGGAAGAGCAGGCAGGCCUGUCUUAUGUUACAAUAAAAAAUAUCACUACUGUCGUUAGAUAACACAAUAUACAUAAACGAAGAAUUACUGGCAAUACUUCUAGGUGUUGCCACCUCUGCUUUUACCUGAAGAUGAAUUAUUGAUGCUGGAAAUCUGUAAUUUAAUAAAAUAUUGAAUUUAUAAAAGUUUCA